AUGUCAUGCCUCAGAUCAAACACAUGGAAAAUAUCCGUUCUUUGUUUUUCCAUUUUCCUCUUCGUUCCUUUAAUUUCCGGUACUCCUGACCUUUUCAACAUCAUACGAAGAACAGCGGUAGAGGUAGGCGGCGAGAGAGGGAGCGUAGGGUUUCACGGGGUGGUGGGAUGGGACACAGCUGCAAGGAGGUUUCUUGAAGGAAAAGAUGGAGAAAACAGGACUGUCAUGUUAUUGGCUGAGCAGAGGACACGGCGGAGAGACCCUCUCGACGCGUUCAAGAAAUACAAUGGUGGCUGGAAUAUCAGCAAUAAGCAUUACUGGGCUUCUGUUGGUUUCACAGCGGCGCCCUUCUUCGUCACUGCCGUUGUGUGGUUCGUGCUGUUCGGGAUAAGCCUGUUGCUCAUCUGCUUCUGCUACUGUUGCUGUCGGAAAGAGCCGUAUGGCUAUUCUAGAGUAGCAUAUGUUCUCUCACUCUCCAUCCUCAUUUUCUUCACACUCAUGGCAAUUAUGGGAUGUGCUGUGCUCUACACUGGCCAGGACAGGUUCCACGGCAGCACGUGCAGCACGCUUGGAUACGUCGUGGGGCAGGCAGAUAAGACUGCCGAAAACCUCAGGAAUGUGUCAGACUAUCUCGAUGCAGCUAAGAAGAUUGGUAUCGACGCCAUUGUUCUUCCGGCAGACAUUCAGCAGAGUAUUGAUGGUGUUAUGGGAACCAUAAAAAAUGCUGCCAAUAUACUCUCUGAUACAACCGUAAUGAAUUCGAAGCGUAUAGAAGAUGGCUUGGAUAUCCUGAGACUAGCUCUCAUUGUUCUUGCUGCUGUUAUGCUUUGUUUGGUCUUUGUUGGAUUUUUGGUUUCCAUUUUUGGGAUGGAAUGUCUUGUAUACAUGUAA